UAAAUUUGAUUGUUGCAAUUGUGGACAUGCAUUUCGAUUCGUUACAUGCACAUUGAAUUUUAUUCUAAAAGAAAUAUAAUGCUAUUUGAAUGGCUGCAACUCAGUAUUUCCAAUGUUGUUAAUCCAUAUUAUAUGUACCAAUCGAGUGGUGCCAGGUCGCAACAGUAUAAAAGAAUGCCAAGCAUCUUCAGAGUUUCUCAAUAGUAUGCAUCUCCCUCUCCAAUAUUGAACCUACCAAUGGCUUGUAUUGAACUAAGUAUUGUUAUUUGCAGCAUACUAAUAACUGGUGCAUGGAGAGUGCUGAACUACGUGUGGUUAAGGCCAAAAAAACUUGAAAGAUGCUUAAGGAAGCAAGGUCUCAAAGGCAAUUCCUACAGGUUAAUGAUCGGAGACAUGUUUGAGAGCUUUAUGAUGCUGAAACAAGCACAAUCCAAGCCAAUCAACCUCUCAACCUGCCAUGAUAUCGCAGCUCGAGUCAUACCCUUUGUGCAUCAAACUGUGAAAAACUAUGGCUGGGAUUCUUUUACUUGGAAUGGCACCAGACCAAAGGUGAAUAUCACCAAGCCAGAAGAUAUAAAGGAAAUCUUCGACAAACAUGAUGAUUUUCAUAAGGUCGUAAACCCAAUUACAACUUUGUUAAUAUCAGGUUUUGCAAUCUAUGAAGGUGAGAAAUGGGCUAGACACCGAGCUACUGUCAACCCAGCAUUUCGUGCACAUAAGCUGAAGGGAAUGUUACCGGCCCUUUUUGAAAGUUGUGGUGAGAUGAUUAGUGAAUGGGUGACAUUGGUAAAAGAAAAGGGUUCAAGUGAGGUCGAUGUGUGGCCUUACAUCCAGCAGUUGACAGGUGAUGUGAUAUCUCGAACAGCAUUUGGAAGUAGUUACAAAGAAGGGCUAAAAAUAUUCCAACUCUUGAGGGAACAAGCAGUGCUAGUAACGAAAACAUCACAUUUAGUUAUCAUUCCAGGGUGGAGGUUUCUACCAACUAAGAUAAACAAAAGGAUGAAACAAAAUGCGAAAGAAGUAGAAGGUUUACUUGAGAGAAUUAUAAAUAAAAGAGAAGAAGCAAUUAGGGGUGGAGAAGCACCUAAAGAUGACUUGUUAGGAAUACUUUUGGAUUCCAAUUCAAAGGAAAUUCAAGAACAUGGAAACCGAAAAAACAUCAGAUUAAGCCGUAAAGACAUCAUUGAUGAGUGUAAACUGUUUUACUUUGGAGGGCAAGAGACCACUUCAGCAUUGGUUGUUUGGGCAGUAAUUUUGCUAUGUCAAAAUCCGAGUUGGCAAACCCGUGCAAGAGAAGAGGUUCUGCAAGUAUUUGGAAACAACAGACCUGAUGACUUCCAGGAGAUGAACCAACUAAAAGUUAUGACCAUGGUUUUACGUGAAGUUCUUAGGUUAUACCCACCAGUAGCUACACUGAAUCGAACCACUUAUAAGAAAACACAACUCGGAACGUUAUCAUUACCGGCGGGAGUCGAAGUGUCCGUCCCGACAUUGCUUAUGCAUCAGAAUAAGGAACUGUGGGGUGAUGAUGCGGAGGAGUUUAAGCCUGAGAGGUUUUCAGAGGGAGUUUCUAAAGCAACCAAGGGACAAAGUUUGUUCUUCCCCUUCGGAGGAGGUCCUCGCAUUUGCAUUGGUCAGAAUUUUGCUGUGAUGGAAGCGAAAAUCGUGUUAUCAUUGAUUUUGCAACAGUUCAUCCUUGAGCUUUCUCCAUCAUAUGCUCAUGCUCCUUCAUCUGUUAUAACUCUCCAGCCACAAUAUGGUGUUCCUGUCAUCUUAUACAAACGCUGA